AUGACUUCACAACCAAUUGAAAUUCCCGGUAAAUUCGGAUUUGGAACCAUGUCAAUGACAUGGACAUCGCAACCACCACCAUUCCAACAAUCAAUCGAUACAUUGAAAUUUGUUACUUCUCAUCCGGAAUACGGAGUUAAACUUCUCAAUGGUGGUGAGUUUUACGGUCCUGAUGAUGUUAAUUUAAAGUUGCUUCAACAAUUCUUAUCCGCCAAUGACCCUGCCAUCAAUGAAUCUUUGAUAAUUUCAAUCAAGGGAGGAGUAGAUCCAGCUACGUUGAAGCCUAAUGGAUCUAAAGAAUACAUUAGUAAAUCAAUUGAAAAUGUCGCUUCUUAUUUCCCCAAAAGUGGUUCCCGACCAAAAUUGAUUUUCGAAGCUGCUAGAGUUGAUCUGAAUGUGCCAUACCAAGAUACAAUCAGUUACAUUAAAAAAUAUGUCGACAAUGGAACCAUUGAUGGGAUUUCGUUAUCUGAAGUUGGGAUAAACUCUAUUGAAAAAGCCACGGAAAUUGCACCAAUCUCAUGUGUUGAGUUGGAACUUUCAUUGUUUUCACAAGAUUUAAUUGACAAUGGUAUAUUGGCAUUCCUUUCCGACAAACAGAUCCCCAUUAUUGCUUACUCACCAUUAUGUAGAGGAAUCCUAACUGAUUAUUGUGUUGAACAUGCCGAUACAUUUCUUUCAGAAAUCCCUCAAGGUCAUUUUAAACAUACUUUGGAUAAAUUCCAACCGGAUAAUUUCACUCACAAUUUAAUUCCAUUGAAGAAACUUUAUGCAUUCGCUCAUGAUGUGAAGCAUACAAGUUUAGAAAGCUUGGCCCUUUCUUGGAUUUUGAAAAUUUCGGGACAACACAAUUAUAAAGGGAUCGACAAAGUCACACGGAUUUUACCUAUCCCCUCGGGAUCAACUAUUGAUCGGGUUAAAUUGAAUUUUGGUAAUUUUGUUGAAUUAACUGAUGAUGAUUUAAAACAAAUUGAUUUGAUUUUGAAAGAGAAUCCAAUUAAGGGAUUGAGAUAUAAUGCUCAAAGUGAAGGUUCAUUGUUUCAAUAG